UCCACUUUUUCCCCUAUGCUACCCAUAAACCCCUUCCUGGAUCUUAGAACUGUGUCCAGUGUCUCUGGAUCCAUUUCUACUCCGAGCUACUGAAGUCAACAAUGGCGAAUCAACUAGUCAUCGUCUUCUUUCUCUCCACAUUCCUCAUCUUAGCUAACUUCACCUCACUUUCUCAGUCUAAACAAACUAACCCCAGUGCCGGCGCCCUCGACGACGAUGACGAAGACCUUAGCUUUCUUGAAGAACCAGAAGAUGGAACCACAUCGACAGACCCCCUUAUCGACCCGGAUCUUCCCGAUUUUGACGAAUUCUCCGGAGACGAAGACGAUUUCGAAAACUACAACUACGAAGACGACGAUUUUGAAGUACCCUCGCACGAUUACAAGGACGAAGACGACUUCUCCGAGUCGAUUGAUGAUAAGGACGUUGUUGUUUUGACCGAAAGCAACUUUACUGACUUUGUGGAGAGUAACCGUUUUGUGAUGGUGGAGUUUUACGCUCCUUGGUGUGGCCAUUGUAAAGCUCUCGCGCCAGAGUACGCCGCUGCAGCCACGGAGCUGAAAGGACAGCCGGUGGUGCUUGCUAAGGUUGAUGCACAAGAGGAGAAUGACCUAGCUGAGACUUAUGAGGUGCAAGGAUUUCCCACUGUUCUCUUUUUUGUUGAUGGUGUUCACAAGCCUUACCUUGGCCAACGAACCAAAGAUGCUAUUGUAACUUGGAUAAAGAAAAAGACAGGACCUGCUGUGUAUAACAUAACAACUGCAGAAGAUGCAGAGAAAGUGCUUACAUCAGAGGACAAAGUUGUUUUGGCUUACCUCAACUCUUUGGUGGGUCCUGAAAGCGAUGAACUUGCUGAAGCUUCAAAGCUUGAUGAUGAUGUUAACUUUUAUCAAACUGUAGAUCCUAAUGUGGCCAAGCUUUUCCACAUCAAUCCUGAUGUCAAACGCCCAGCUUUGGUCUUGUUAAAGAAGGAUGCUGAGAAAGUCACCCAUCAUGAUGGUCUGUUUGACAAAUCUGCCAUUAAGGAGUUUGUUUUUGCAAACAAACUUCCCCUGGUGACAAAUUUUUCAAGAGAAAGUGCAACUUUGAUUUUUGAAAGCCCAAUAAAGAAACAGGUGUUGCUAUUUGCAACUUCAAAUGGUUCAUCUAAGGUUUUCCCAACAUUUGUGGAUGCUGCAAAGUUAUUUAAGGGGAAGCUUAUCUUUGUAUAUGUUGAAUUGGACAAUGAAGAUGUUGGAAAGCCUGUUGGAGAUUAUUUUGGCAUCACAGGAGAUGCUCCACAAGUCAUCGGAUAUACCGGAAAUGAUGAUGGGAAGAAAUUCGUGUUUGACCAAGAUUUGACCUUUGAAAACCUUAAGGCUUUUGGGGAGGGCUUUUUGGAUGAAAAGCUUAAAGCUUUCUAUAAAUCUGAUCCAAUUCCUGAGAAUAAUGAUGGUGAUGUGAAGAUUGUAGUUGGGAAUAACUUCGAUGAUAUUGUCUUGGAUGAGUCAAAAGACGUGCUACUAGAGAUUUAUGCACCAUGGUGUGGGCAUUGUCAAGCCCUAGAACCAACAUACAACAAACUUGCUAAACAUUUACAUGAUAUCGAUUCAUUAGUAAUAGCAAAAAUGGAUGGAACUACAAACGAACAUCCAAAGGCAAAGGCUGAUGGGUACCCGACAAUUCUUUUCUAUCCAGCAGGAAACAAAACCGUUGAUCCUAUAACUGUAGAUGUUGAUAGAACAGUAGUGGCGUUGUACAAGUUCAUGAAGAAACAUGCUUCUGUACCUUUUAAUCUCCAGAAACCUACUUACAAUGAUGCUAAAGAAAGCAGUGAAAUUGACCAGAAAGAUGAACUCAGAUGAUAAUUUGUAGGAAUGAAGACUGAAGGGUAGGUAAAGUAUCAAAUUUUUAAUGUGUGGAAGAUAGAAUAUGAAAGGUAAGAUUUUUACUGAAUUCAGGAGAGUGUAUACUAUUAUACUUAACACCUGUAUACGAAUGUUGUAUUGCUAAUGGAUAUAAUAAGUAUUAAGUAUUUCAAUU